GCGUCUUUUCUUAUUCAAGAUAUGGAACACUUCCGGGGGACUUGAAAAAUGAUACUGUGGUAAAACAUUUUGCUAGUCUUUGUCAGUUUAAAGUUUAUUGUGGUGCAGAGGUAUUAACGAAGAGACAAAGAUGUCAAUCUUGAAAACUGGUGUAGCUGCUCUACUUCUAGCAUUAACAUACAACUACUUCACUAAAAGUACUAGAAGUAUUAUACUCGACAGGUAUCCUGAUGACGAAUAUGAUUACGUCAUUGUCGGAGGUGGGUCGGCUGGUUCCGUGCUUGCGUCGAGGCUUUCCGAAGAUAAUAGUUCCAAAGUCCUGCUACUUGAAGCCGGGGGUCAUUACGAUGAAAGUAAAAGUUUCCACAUCCCACUGUAUCAAAUGGAAGCAUUUUUCACUUCUCAUGAUUGGGAAUUUUAUUCAGAAAGAAGUAAUCAGUCGUGUCGAGGACAGAAGGGAAACAGAUGCUACUGGCCACGUGGGCGCGUUCUUGGCGGAACUAGCAUUAUAAACGGCGUUGUUUACACACGUGGAAGUCCAUUUGACUUUGACGAAUGGUUUGCAGCUGGUUGCGAGGGAUGGGGUUAUCGAGAUGUUCUUCCAUAUUUUCUGAAAUCCGAAGAUAUUCAAAUAGAUGAAUUAAAGUCUUCACCGUAUCAUAGUUCAGGUGGGCCAAUUGCUGUCACACAUAAGUAUGUCACCCAAUUAUCGCAUAAGUUUCUAAAAGCUGGUGAAGAAUUAGGUUACGAUGUGUCAGAUUACAAUGGAAAGGAUUUGGAAGGGUUCAGUAUAAUACAGAAGACUGUAAGAAAUGGAGUUAGAAGCAGCACCAGCGUGGAAUAUCUUGGAAACACAGAAUCGCGAGAUAAUCUUCAUAUUGCUGUGAAAAGUCUUGUUACGAAAAUUGAUAUUGUUAAUAAAAGAGCGGUUGGUGUAUAUUUCGUCAGCAGUGGGAGAAAAAGGUAUGUUAAAGCAAGAAAGGAAGUUAUUAUCUCUGGCGGAGCUGUUAAUUCUCCUCAAAUACUUAUGCUGUCCGGAAUCGGACCAAAGCAUCAUUUAACGGACAUCGGUAUACCGGUGAUUGCAGAUUUGCCUGUUGGUGAAAACUUGCAGGACCACCCAAUGGUUUGGAUGAAGAGCAAGAUCAACAAACCAUACAGUGUUACAGGUGAUUUGAUAUCAAGUUGGUGGUCAUGGUUCAAUUAUCAUGUAUUUGGUGACGGACCUUUAGCGUUUACCCUACUAGAUGGAGCUGCAUUUCUUCAUAAUGAUCAAAGUCAGCGCGGGAAAACUCAUCCGGAUUUCCAAAUGACGUUCGUGAGUUCUCUCCUAAGGUUUAAUGCGUUUAACUUUAACGAAGAAGUAGCUGAGAGUAUGGUCGAAAAGGAUGAUAACCAACAUGGGUUUAUAACGUCAAUCUCGCCGUCGCGCCCUUUCAGUAGAGGAAAUAUAAAAUUAAGAAGUUCAGAUCCAUUCGACUAUCCGAAAAUAGAGCCAGGAUAUCUUUUGGAUGAGAGGGAUAUGAAGACAUAUUUGGGAGCUAUACGAAUUUGGGAGAAACUUACAGAAACUGAAACGUUCAAACGACUUGGUGUAGAUAUUAGCGAUAUGAAUAUGCCAUUCUGUGCAAAAUUUCGGUUCCGCUCGGAUGAAUUCUGGGAAUGUAUUGUCCGAAACGUGGUGUUGACAGUAUAUCAUCCAACGGGUACCUGUAAAAUGGGCGCUGCAGAUAAUCCAAGCGCUGUUGUUGAUCCACAGCUGAGAGUCAAGGGCAUAAAAGGUCUUAGGGUUGUAGAUGCCUCCAUAUUUCCUAACAUUACUUCCGGAAAUACGAAUGCUCCAAUAAUAAUGGUAGCUGAGAAAGCGGCUGAUUUGAUUCGUGGAAUCGAUUCUGUGAAACAAUUGAGACAGAAUUUAUCUGUAUAAAAUAAUUAUAAUGUUAGUUAAGCAACCAAAACGGAGUUGCUCUGAAUGUGAAUUGCAUAUUUGAUGAAUUUAUUAUAUGAAGUUGUGUUUACAUAUAGUAUGGUUUUAUUAUAGUUUCGAAAUGAAUUGAGGUUUCGUGUUUUUCAAUCGGCUGAGAUGUUUGAUCACAGCCAAAUUGAAAUGACUACCAACACAAGUGUAUCUCAUACCCAAAUGUAAGUGAAAACCAAUGUUCAUGUAUUUCAUGCCCAAAUGGAAGUUAACACAAAUGUAUCUUACACCCAAAUGAGAAUAACUCGAAUCCCAAUUCUUUCUAAGGCAUGAUCAAGUGUUUAACAAUUUUGAGGAUAUAUGACGGUGUCGCCUUCUAUGAAGCGAUAACUUCCGGUUAUAAAAUAAGGACGACUAGACGUGAGGACUCGGGCGAUAUAACCUUGGAUAUACCAUCUUGAGGUCAAUGUUAUUCUUGAAGUAGAAACAUUUAAAAUAUCACCGAAGGAAACAUAAACUUUUAUUUGCUAAUUACUUAUUUAUUAGUCCCUGCAGGUUGAAACCCAGUUUCGGGGACUAUAGGAAUGCGCUUUUCCGUCUGUCUUUCCGUCUGCAAUUUCGUGUCCGGUCCAUAACUCUGUCAUUCAUCAAAGGAUUUUAAUAUUGGUUGGCACAAAUGUUCCCCAUGAUGAGACGAUGUGUCAUGCGCAAAACCCGGACCCCUUGCUCAAAGGUCAAGGUCACAAUAGGAGGUCAAAGGUCAAGAGGGGUUUUUCCUGUCCGAACCAUAACUCUGCCAUCCAUGAAGGGAUUUUAAUAUUACUUUGUACAUAUGUACCCCUUAACAGGACAAUAUGCCGUGCACAACUUUCAGACUUUUAGCUCAAAGGUCCAGGUCACACUUGGCAGUCAAAUGUUAACAUAGCAUGAACAGGGUCUGUUUCGUGUCCGGUCCAGAACUAUGUCAUCCACCAAGGGAUUACAAUAUUACUUGGUAUAAAUGUUCCCCAUGAUGAGACGACAUGCCUUGCGCAAAACCAAGAACCCUACCUUAAAGGGCAAGGUCACACUUAGAGAUCAAAUGUCAAAAGGAUUUUUUUCCUGUCCGGUCUAUAACUUUGUCAUGCAAAACAGGAUUUAAAUAUCAGUUGGCAUAAAUAUUCCCUUGGACAAGACAACGCGUCAUGCGCAAAACCUUGGCCCAUAGCUGAAAGGUCAAGGUCACACUUGGAAGUCAAAGGCUUUUUUUCUGUCCAGUCUAUAACUUAACAAUCUUUAAAGGGAUUUUAAUAUUACUUGACACAAAUUUUCACCAUCAUAAGAUGAAGUGUCAUGCGCACGAACCAGGUUCCUAGAUUUAAGGUCAAGGUCACACUUGGUAGCCAAAGGUCAGAUACAAGAAUGACUGUUCUGAGCAUUUCUUCUUCAUGCAUGGAGGGAUUUUGAUGUAACUUGGCACAAAUAUCUACCACCAUCAGACGGAUUGUCAUGCGCAAGAACCAGGUCCCUAGAUUUAAGGUCUGGGUCACACAGCGGUCAAAGUUCAAAUUCAAGAAUGACUUUGUCUUGAGCAUUUCUUCUUCAUGCAUGGAGGGAUUUUGAUGUAACUUUGCACAAAUGUUCACUACCAUGAGGCACCCUUGUUUUGAGAAUUACUUCCCUUUUUUAUUACUAUAAAUAGCUUAUAUUUUAACCUUUUUUUUUACUGGCCGUGGGGAAAAAUCGAGACCACUUUUCUGUGGUACAACAUGCAUAUUACAUCCAAUUUUUACGUAUAUUUUGACCUAUUUCUACCUGGUAAAGAGUUUUGUUAUAACAUAUUGUAUAUAUAUUACAAUAUUGUUUAUACAUCAUUGACAGAUAUCAUUUCAUUAUGUUAUACUGCAGCAGAGACAAUUAGGUGCCUACCAGUUGGGGACUUUGUAUUGCAUGGCAAUACUACAUUCACUUGAUCAAACUGUUAUUAGUCAAAAGGAUCACUCUUGAAUAAGCAAAAACAAUACGGGAAUAUAUUUUUCGCAAUUUUAUAUUAAACAGUGACAUUAACGAACUCAGAUCUGUUUCAUUACCUAUUCUUUAACAGACUCAGUCAAAUCGAGUCUGCAAUACAUGUAAUUUUGCUUGGUUGCGUUAUGUGUGUCCAAAAGAUCUUCUAAUUGAUUUUUUUUUCAUUAUCACAAAUGUAGUCUUUAAGUGCUUAUGGCAGCGGUAACAUGCCUUCUUGUGCUUGGGUUAAGUUUAUUUUGUAUCUUUGGGACCGAUCAUGGAGCCUAUUCAGAUGGACUAUUAUAGAAUUCCUCUACAACCGGUGCUAGGAGGCGAGGUGGGUGUUGCUCAUUUCAUUACCUUUCGUGAACAGACUCAAUCAAACCGAGUCUGCUUUCGUUUUGCAUGCUUCCAGAUUCUUAACAAAUAUUUACAUGUCUAAAGUAUAUACAUUCAGCGAAUGAAGUAUGAAAACAGUC